GCCCCUUUACCGCCAAAUCCGCCGUCGGACGCGCCAUCUCCUGCUGGUUUCCGCGAUGGCUGAGCUGGCUGGCGCAUCUCGAUGGCUGUGCAGUGCUUCCCCUCGUUGGCGCUUCUGGUGGCAUGUUGCCCUGAUACCUCAGUGGUGUCGCCGGAGGUGCACGGGUGUCCCGAGGAGUUUCUGGCCAUGCGUGGCUGCUGCCAGCCAGAGAUCACCAGCACGGUGCUCAAGGCCCUGGGCACCUUGGCGCCGGAGGAGAUGGCCUACGCCCUGCCCAGCGAAGGCAAUCUAGGUGGCUACCGCGAUGGCUUGCUCGCUAUUCACUCGCUGAUGAGGACCUUUCUCCUGGACUCAGACCUGCUGAAGCUUGAGGCCUGGAGGCUCUACAGCCUCGCCUACGCACGGCUGGCCAUCAUGUCAGUGGACUCCAUCAAGGACCGCUAUGUGGACAUGCAGAAGGUUCAGGACUCCCAGCUGCUGCUUCGGGAGGCGACGGCCUGCAGCCGGGCUCUGGGCAAAGCCUUGUUCAGAUUGGAGAACUUCCACGUCUUUCUACUUGGGCACACCGCCGCAGCCAGAAGAACCAGGAUGCAGGACUUGCACAGCUCGGAGAUCGCCGAGGCGUUUCAGCCGGCGCUGGAGCUCUAUGAGCUCGGCAUGAACUCCUUCGACCUUUUGGCAUACAGCAUCAUCCCGAACUUGGAAGCGAUGAGUCGCGAUCCAACAGGUGCGGGAUUCUCCCUGCGGGAGGGCGCCAAGCUGAACCGGAGCGCCGGUUCGCAGGAGGUCCAGCUGCUGGUAGUGAGCCUUGGAGCCUGGGCCAAAACAGGUUUCCUCACCAUUUGGAGCGUCCUCCAACAUCGCUCCACUCCUCUGCGGAUCUUUGUGCUCGGCGAUGAGGAUGGCCUGGGCCACUGGCGAGCCGCAGCUGAAGAGCUGCAAGCCCAGGAGCGCCGCAUGCUGGACAGCGUCAGCUUCGUGUACAUUGACUUUGAGAACCAUCCCGCCUUCAGAGAGUACCUGGCGCAGUACCCCAAGGGCUGCAGCUUCGGUGCUGCUGGCAAGGCCAUCUUGGCGAGAGUGGUUUGCCACUUGGUCCUGCCAGAGGAGGUGGCGCAGGUGAUCUCCCUGGACCUGGGAGAUCUAUUGGUGCUGGAGGACAUUUCGAAUCUUUGGCAACUCUUCCAGACCAUGGAGGAGCACCACCUGUUGGCAGCGCCCCAUGCGGUGGCGUUGAGCCACGUCAACGCCGGGGUGGUGCUGUACCACGUGGCGCGCAUGCGCCGCCACGGCUUCGCCCAAGAGACCUUGCGCGCCGUGGCGGACAUGCAGCGCAAGAACCACGACGCCAGCUGCCUGCGGGACCAGUCGAUCAUCAAUAUUCUUCACUCCUUCAGGGAGGAGUUUGGAUAUCCAGAGCCGAGCCCUGUGAUGAUUCUCCCCUGCAGAUGGUCAGUGUUUCCAACCACUGAGUGGCUUUCGUACUGGAACAGCCCUGAGAUGUGGCUGCCCCAGCUGCGUGAGAAGCGGCGGUACCCGGGCAUCGUGUCCGUGAACCGGGUCGAGGUCUUUUGCCCCGACGAGAUGGAUCUGCUCUCUUCCUGGGCAUUUCUGCCCCUGAGCGCCGUUGAAGAGACGAAGCAAGCACGACUUCGCGUCUACGCGCUGUAUGAGGGCCACAAGACGGAGCGCUACUGCUCCCCGGAGCGCCGCGCUGGUGAGAGGUGCUGCCGCUGUGGGGAGAAGGCCGCCGUUUUGCACGUGGCGGGAGACAUGAAGAAUUGGCCAUCAAUGCAAGCGUUGCUGCGAGCGUACAUGCCGCCUUUCAAGGAGUUGCCCCCGAAUCACUUCGCCGACGCCCUGUCCAAGGUCUGGACCGGUGGCGACCAGCGGCUACAGGAGAUCCUGAGCCAGACCAACGACGAGGCGUUGGUGGCUGCGAAAGCGCUGGGCAUCCAGGCGGUCUUCGGGAGCUGCGCGACCUUGCGCUGCAAGGCAUCCCCGCCGGAGCAGCUGAACUACGUGUCCGUGCAGCUGCGGAAGGUCUUUGUGCCAUGCCUUCUUGAGGUGGAGACCACGGCCCUGCGCGACACGCAUUUGCUGUUGGGCAUCGGCGCCCACUCGGGCGUGGAGCUGGUGGUCAACGGCCGGGCGGAGAAGGGCUCCUGCCUGCGGUGGGUACGGAGCUCGCCGGCGACCAGCGAUUCCACGGCCUGGACGCUGAGGCGGGAGAUUAUGUGCGUGCCCUUCGGCCCCAAGGUUGAGGCUGCGGAAGGCGUGGAAGCCUGGAUGAGGUUCUCUCUGAAGAUAGGCGCAGAUGGCUUGGUGGUCGUGAGCUUUCCAGAAGGCGAAUGGGGCAACUUCCUCCCCGAGGAGCCGCUGGCCAUUAUGCUGCAGAACGAGCUGACGGUCAGUGUGGGUACCUUCUACGGUGACACCAAGUGGGCCGUGUGCAUGAGACCACAUGGCGACGCAAAAGAAGCCGCAGGAUUGACGCAGGAGGCCCAAGCCACCGCGGACUUCGUGAAGACGGCGGCGGGCAACCGCCAGGUGUAG